UUGUGGUUAAAAACAUGAAGAGUUCACCAUGUGGCUACUUGUACUGUGUGGCAGCCAUGGGACAUUACAUCGUAUGGAAGACUGCAUCUACAGGAAGAACAAUGAAAUUGAAAUGGGAUAUUUACUGAUGACUCCAAUAUUAAGCAUGUGUCUAAUAUAUGGAGCCAGUGAGCUCUAAAUUGUACAUUUACUUAAUGUCCUGACAGACACGACGGAGGAUUAAAUAAACUGAGUCCAAGGGAGGAUGGAGUGGAGUCAGUUCCCACAAGGACAGCAUGAUCCUUUCACCUGGUUCACAAAGUCCCAGCUCCAGUCUGUGAUCACAGACGGUUUAGUGCCAGAGUGGUUUCAUGGGAUCAUUUCCAGGAAGACGGCAGAGGAACUACUCAUGCCCAAGCCUCCUGGCUACUUCCUCAUCAGAGUCAGUGAGAGCAGGGUUGGCUACACUCUCUCAUAUCGAGACGAGGGCCGCUGCAGACAUUUCAUGAUUGACGCACUGGAUGAUGGCCAUUACAUCAUACUGGGGGAGAACAGGCGUCACCGGCUCCUGCAGGACCUGGUGGACUUUCAUCGCAGGACUCCCAUCAUGCCUUUCACUCAGGUGCUGACUGUUGCGUGUGGGCAGUUCUCAAAUGACAAGUGUGACUACGCAGAGCUACUGCAUCCCCCAAGACCUUCAGGUUCAAACAAAACUUCGCAACCAGACAACUCCCAGCUUCCCAGCAGCAAUGAAGACAUAUCACAAGGAAAUAUCCCACCUGCCCUCCCUUUUCGACCAGAUAACCUGAUGGACUCCACAGUCUUGACUCCAAAUUGCCAACCAAACAGGCUUUACCCUAAUUUGAGAGAGGAGUUUCAAUGCAUCAACUCCCCAGUUCCAGCCACGCCUGUGCCGAUGAUCAGGAAGAGAUAUAUAGGUGAUAACCCGGCAUCCAACCAGCUUCCUGAAGUCCCUGCUCGGAGUUGCGUGCCUCAGAAGCAGAACCAGGUUUGCAUCAGAACAGUCUCGGCACCUCAGAGUCCCUCCGCCUCCACAGCCUCUGAGCAAGGGCAGUGCGUCAACAUCCAGCCUUUAAAGAACCAGGAAACAAAGGUGUCAGUGGUCACCAACCUAAAGAACCUCAAGAAGAAAUUCCAAAAGAAGAGAAGCAAUUCGCAGGAUAAUGCGUACGCAGAGGUUAAUAUGGAUACUGAGAACGAGUACCAGGAGAUCUCAGAUGAGCAUGAUGUGAGUGGUUCACCACUUCCCCACACUUGCACUGACGCGAGAACGACUGAUACAGUGUUGCCUCCGGAGUACCUGCCACCCCCACCUUUUGCCCCAGGCUACUGAAACACAGCAAUGUGAGGAUACCCGUAAGAAAAUACUCUACUUAUGGACAAUGCAUAUGGACCAGACUGUGUGGAUCAUCUGAAACGAUGUUACAUCACAGAAUCAAACCAAAAGGGGUGGUUUACACAUCCAGCCCCAGCUGAGCAGUGCAGGAUGGAUGAUGGAUGUUUAUCUGAUGAAGACCCAUGAAAUUCCGAAAGGUUCCUCAUUAAAGCAAUGGCUCCCUUUGCUUAUUGCUUUCCUACUUGUAACCCUAAAGCACAGACUGAUGUAACUCUACAGCAGGCUAAUGCAAAGAGCGAAAACAGAGUUUAACAAUUAACUGUCCAAUUCAAACAGCGCCUGCUUCCUAACACAUCUAACAUUCACUAAUUAACACAUUACUGUAUAUAUUUUUUUUUUUGUUUGUUUGAUACAUCCAAAAUCUAGAUUAUAAAAGUACAUGUAUAUGUACCUUGGCCAAGAAACAUGACAGUGACAACAAAACGUGAGUGUAAUGUGGAUUUGGAAGGCUUGGUAUUGUAUCAUGGUUGUAGUCUUUGUGCUAAGCUAAGCUAAAAUAUGAAAGCCAACACUGUCAUUAAUCACUGUGCAAAUACAAGAAUCUGGUAUCUUUUCAAGGCAAGAAAGUGAACCACUGCAUUUACCGGAAAUGUCUUAAAGCUUUGAGAGCUCAGAAUAUUCAGUAAUCACAAAAACAGUCUCUAGUCUCUAUUGUAAUGAAUUCAUUUUUAUUUAUUUUAAAUGUUGUUACAUAAAAUGAAGUGAUAGGCUCUAUUUAGGUGUUAGGCUGACAUUUCAGCAGCAUUUCAACAGAUAGUGUCCAAUGUCAUUGUACAGUAGAGAUAGCAGGAGGAAAUAUAAUGGAGAAACAACUGCUGCUUUGGAUAUUAAGCUGCAGAUCCGUCAUCAAACAUAUGAUAGUGAAGGUGGAAGAAAGAGAGGAAAUGCAGCUACUAGUCAAACCAGUUUUACAAGUCAAAUCAUAUAGCUGAGUCAAAUCCAGCAUUUUAUCACUUUCCCCAAACACACAGUUUAAUUUUUUCAGCCUAUGCCAUGUACUAAUAAAUAGCCUAAGGUAAUGAUUGUGACUGCAAUAGUGCUUACUUAUGUAUUUGAUUAGAUUUUAUAUGAAGUAUGAGAUUUUAUUCUGUGAUGGAGCAAAUAAAGUACUUCAAAAUGUUUA